AUGAACGAAAACUCGAGACCUCGUAUUCCAAAUGAAUGGGUAAGAUAUAUGUAUGAAAAACUUGAAAGUGGUGAGUUAACUUACGCAACAGUUUUGAAAAAAGUUCCAUAUUCUUAUCAAAAUGUUACAAUUUUCAAACAAAUUUCAAGAAAUACUCUCAAAAAAGCAUUCAAAGAAAUCGGUGGUACACCAAAAAUUAAAAGUGGUCCUCCACAAGAGGAAUUAACUCCAGAAUUAAUUUUGAAGGUUCAGAAUUCUUAUGAAAAUUACAAAUGUGGGGUUCAAAAAUUGUAUUGGACUCUCAAUAUGAAUCCAAAACAAUUUCAAAUCAGUUACAAUGCAGUUAUUAAGGCAGCAAAAUUUCUGGGAAUUUACAAAGAAAAAGAUAAAAGUAAUCCAAAAGCAUAUUAUGUGGAUUAUGAAGCAAUUCUUCCAAAUACAAUCUGGCAU